GGUGCCUCUCUUGCUGUGUAUCUGGGCCUGGUGCUGUGUACUUGCUGUCGUACUGUUUACAUUCUUCCAGAGCGCUAAGCUGCUACAACUCGUACUACCAUGUCCAAACCCCUGUCUGACCAUGAUAGAAAGAAACAGAUUUCUGUGCGAGGCCUCGCCGGUGUUGAAAACGUCUCUGAACUGAAGCAAAACUUCAACAGACACCUCCAUUUUACCCUGGUCAAGGACAGAAAUGUGGCAACCAGAAGGGAUUACUACUUUGCUCUUGCUCACACGGUGCGGGACCACUUGAUUGGCAGGUGGAUCAGAACCCAGCAGCACUACUAUGAAAAAGAUCCCAAACGUGUUUACUACAUCUCCCUUGAGUUCUACAUGGGCCGCACACUCCAAAACACUAUGGUGAACCUUGCUCUGGAAAAUGCCUGUGAUGAGGCCACAUAUCAGUUGGGUCUGGAAAUGGAGGAGUUGGAGGACAUGGAGGAAGAUGCUGGUUUAGGUAAUGGUGGCCUUGGUCGUCUUGCUGCCUGUUUCCUGGACUCCAUGGCUUCAUUGGGUCUGGCUGCCUAUGGCUAUGGCAUUCGCUAUGAAUUCGGUAUCUUCAAUCAGAGAAUUGUCAAUGGCUGGCAGGUUGAGGAGGCUGAUGAUUGGCUGCGUUUUGGCAACCCCUGGGAGAAAGCGCGUCCUGAGUACAUGCGUCCAGUUCAUUUCUAUGGCAGGACCGAGCAUCACCACGAUGGCGUCAAAUGGGUUGACACUCAGGUAGUGUUGGCUCUGCCAUAUGACACCCCAAUCCCAGGCUACAGAAACAAUAUUGUCAAUACCAUGAGGCUGUGGUCUGCGAAGGCACCCUGUGACUUUAACCUUAAAGACUUCAAUGUUGGUGGCUACAUCCAGGCUGUGUUGGACAGAAACUUGGCUGAGAACAUCUCCCGUGUGCUGUACCCCAAUGAUAACUUCUUUGAAGGAAAGGAGCUCCGUCUGAAGCAGGAAUACUUUGUGGUGUCUGCCACCCUUCAAGACAUCAUCCGUCGUUUCAAAGUCUCUAAGUUUGGCUCCAGGGAGAUUGCUCGCACAGACUUCAGCAAACUGCCUGACAAGGUUGCCAUCCAGUUGAAUGAUACUCACCCAGCCAUGGCUAUUCCUGAGCUGAUGAGAGUUCUGGUUGAUGAAGAGAAGCUUGACUGGGAUAAGGCCUGGGACAUCUGUGUGCGCACAUGUGCCUACACUAAUCACACAGUCCUUCCUGAAGCUCUUGAGCGCUGGCCAGUGGACCUGUUCGCUCAUCUGCUACCCCGUCACCUGGAAAUAGUCUAUGAGAUCAAUCGUCGCCACCUGGAGAAUGUUGCUGCAAAGUUUCCUGGUGAUAAUGAUCGUCUUUGCCGCAUGUCCCUCAUUGAGGAAGGUGGACAGAAAAGGAUCAACAUGGCCCAUCUGUGCAUUGUGGGGUCCCAUGCUGUUAACGGUGUAGCCCAGAUACACUCUGACAUCCUCAAAGCUACUGUUUUCAAGGACUUCUAUGAGAUGGACCCACACAAGUUCCAAAACAAGACCAACGGCAUUACUCCUCGUCGCUGGCUGGUUAUGUGCAACCCCGGGCUGGCUGAGGUCAUUGCAGAGAAAAUCGGUGAGGAAUUCAUCCGUGACCUUGAUCAGCUUCAGGGUCUCCGCAAGUAUGUAAAUGAUGAGGCUUUCAUUCGUGAUAUCGCCAAAGUUAAACAGGAAAACAAACUAAAGUUUGCGGUGCAUCUGGAGGAGCACUACAAGGUGAAGAUUAACCCCAACUCAAUGUUUGACAUUCAAGUAAAGAGAAUCCAUGAAUACAAGAGACAACUCCUCAACUGUCUGCACAUCAUCACCUACUACAACCGAAUCAAGAAAGAACCCAACAAGCAGUGGACUCCAAGGACAGUUAUGAUUGGAGGAAAGGCCGCUCCUGGUUAUCACACUGCCAAGAUGAUUAUCCGUCUGAUCACAGCUAUUGGUGAGGUGGUCAACAACGACCCUGUGAUAGGAGAUCGCCUGAAAGUCAUCUUUUUGGAGAACUACAGAGUCACCCUGGCAGAAAAAGUCAUCCCAGCAGCUGACCUGUCAGAGCAGAUUUCCACAGCUGGCACUGAGGCCUCUGGCACUGGCAACAUGAAGUUCAUGUUGAAUGGUGCUCUGACCAUUGGUACCAUGGAUGGAGCCAAUGUUGAGAUGGCCGAGGAGGCCGGUGAAGACAAUCUCUUCAUUUUCGGCAUGAGGGUGGAGGAUGUUGAUGCACUUGACAAAAAAGGAUACCACGCUGGAGAGUACUAUAACCGCCUGCCUGAGCUGAAACAGGCUAUUGACCAGAUUUCUGGAGGCUUCUUUAGCCCAAAGCAGCCUGACCUGUUUAAGGAAAUUGUCAACAUGCUGAUGCAUCAUGACAGGUUUAAGGUCUUUGCUGACUACGAAGACUACAUUAAAUGCCAAGAGAAAGUCAAUGCUCUUUACAAGAACCCCAAGGAAUGGACCAAGAAGGUGAUCUACAACAUCGCUGGAUGUGGCAAGUUUUCUAGUGAUCGCACCAUUGCCCAGUACGCUCGAGAAAUCUGGGGCAUGGAGCCCACACUGGAGAAACUCCCUGCCCCUGAUGACAAGCAAUAAACUGUCCAAAUGACAGCCAACACACAACUUUCUCCGUAGGCUGAACUAACAAGACAAUCCACAUGGUAGAUGCUGUAAGUUUCAUAAAAGCCCCCACAAACCUGGUUCCCCAGCCAUUAGACUUGGUCACAUUCUUGAAAAGUUUACAUUUUCCACACUUAUGUAUUCACUGUAUCCACGUUAUAGACUGGUGUAAUAAAACUGUUUGUGGUGGGCUUUGUAAAUUUAUUGGUGGUAUUUUUUUAUUCAAAAAUAUGAACUCUUAUAUUUCCACUCAGACCUAUUCUGAAUAAAAUUUAUCUUAAAUAACAUAACAGUCUGAGUGCCUGAUGUGAUUGAUUGGGUAAUGCUUGGGGAUUGCAAACAUGGUCACUUAGCUUGACAGAACAAAAUCAGGACUUUUGUAUAAGUGGUAUUUAUCAUGAAAUACUGAUAAAUGACAUUGUUUGAAGAUAAUAAACUUAAAGUCUCUGACACUGCAGUGAUCCCAGAAUCAGUUGGAGACAUUAAGUCUACUUAAAAACCUUUCAACUGAGCUAAACAAUGUUACUUGAAGAACACGUAAGAUACGGCAUUUAUAACAGAAAAAUAAUUGUACAUGCUCAACCACAUACUUUGUGAAUGUGCCCAGUUUUAACACACAACUUUAUUACCUACUGUGGGAUAUGGGGGACAAAAAUUAUUAUUAGACACACUCAGUCAUCACACGACCUAAAACUCCAAUCUGUGAUUCAAAGGAAAAUGUGAUGUCAGUGCCAAUAUACAGUAUAUACUGAUGUGUUUUGAUUUGUGGGCUGAAGAAACUGAAAAGCUGAGGAGAAAGUCUCACUGCAGAGGCAGCAAGAAAGAACCUGUAACCGCUUUUAAGAUUCACUUGGUGUGGAUUUUGCAUAUUUUUGUGCAAAUAAGAAAUGAUUUGUAAUUAAACUAAAAGUGAGUAAUGUGA